UUUAUUGGUUCUACCAAAAAAAUGAAACUGUAUUUGUUUAUUUUUUUUUAAAUGUUGUACUUUCUCUUUACUUAAUUGACAAAACCAAAAUCCGGAAUGGUAAUAAGCAACCUUAACCCUGAGGGUAUAAGUAUUUGAUUGUUAUGUUGGUCUAUUGACACCUACCAUAUACAAAACUAACCAAACAAGAAUACUUUACAAUAGCAACUUAAUUCUUUCGUUGACAGUAAUUCUUAUUUCUUAAACUAUCAUAAAUCAUUUUAAUUACUGCAAUACCUCACCUAGCAGGUUACAUUAGCGUUAAAGGAAGCUCAUCACGAUUAACAAGGAUAAUUAAAGACAAAGAUGUUCCGUGGACUUUUUUAUUUUUUAAUUUUCUGGUUGAUACAUAAGGCUUUUACCGUCUAUGUUUCUAGUCAAAACUGGAUUUCAUGGGGUAGCAAUUUUCUGUUGAAUUUUCUCUACCAUCAUCACUGUAGUCGCGAUCUUAUUCGCAGAGAUACAAUUAAAUUAAAAAAGAAACCAAGACAUUUGUCUGUCAUAUUGGAAUGCCGGGACAAUGCUGGAUUGGAAGGCUUAAUUCAUGAUACAUGUGAACUAGCGUCAUGGUGCAUUUGUUCAGCCAUACCCGAGCUUACCAUUUAUGAAAGGAAGGGAUUUUUGAAACAAUAUCCCGAAGCUGUGGAAAAAGCCAUCUACUCCCAUUUGCCCUUUUACAUGGGACGUGAAAAACACAUUGUGCACGUUCGCAACUCAUGCUCGAACAAUGAGAACGAGCAACAGGAACCAAUCGAUUUAAAGGUCCAUCUAAUUGCUGAGGAGGAUGGAAGAGAUGCUAUCAUUGAUUUAACCCGUGGAUUGGCUGACUUGACUACAAAGAAAGUAAUAACGAGUGAACAAGUGACGCAAGAGUUGAUUGACAAAGAGUUGACUGAAAGCGUUAUUCCUGAGCCCGACCUAUUAAUUAUUUUCUCACCCUACUUCAAAUUACGGGGAUUCCCUCCCUGGCAAUUACGUUUAUGUGAAAUUUUUCAUGACCCUGUAUUUACCAGUCCCAGCUACCUAAGUUUCUUUAAAGCACUCAGUAGUUACUCCAAUGCUGAGAUGCGCAUUGGCCAUUAAAGGGGAACAUUGGUUAACUGUGACGAUCGUUUCAUUCGCCCUUUCUAUUGUUAUGAUAUGUUGGAAACUGUCUCUCUUCCUCUGUGAAGAUUGUGCUUCUGUGUGAUUUAUGACUUGCAAUGCUCAUGUACUUGUAGACGAGAUUUGCAUUAGACAACGGAAAGCAUUACAGAUUUCCAUGAUUUCGUUAUUCUUUAUUUUAUACCUAUUAUUCAUACAUUCAUUAACUUUUUCUAUUGAAUUUUAUUUACGAUUUGCAAAAAUACUUCAUUUCAUUUGUUUAGUACCGUAGAGAAUAUCUCAUUUCAAUAUAUGUCC